CUGUGAGUUGACGCGGCUCAACUCUUUUUGUUGCAGCGCCAUGGAGGACAAACACAAGCUUUUUGUUGGCAGCUUACCUCCGGACAUCACGGACGAAGAGAUCACCGCGGCCUUUGGAGCUUAUGGGACUGUCAUCGAGCACCAUCUCAUGAGGGGCAAGUCUACCUCUGGCCAGGCUUGUGCCUUCGUGGUUUUGGACAGUAAAGCUUCUGGCGACAAUGCAAUUGCAUCCAUGGACAACGCCUAUGCACUUCGAGAGGGAGGGACUCCGAUCCGAGUGUCUUGGGCCAAGAAACCCGGAUACGGAGGAGGUGGUGGUUUUGGAGGUUGCGGUGGCUACGGUUGCGGCGGAUGCGGUGGAUGCGGCUGUGGCGGCUAUGGUUGCGGUGGCUACGGGGGUGGUUGUGGCAACUACGGCGGCUGCGGCAACUUUGGUGGCGGCUGCGGCUGGGGUGGCUGUGGCGGCUGCGGCGGUUGCGGCAACUAUGGCGGCUGUGGGAAGGGUCAGUGGCAAGGAGGUGGUGGAGGUGCACCAGCCGGGCCCAAGUCCAAGCUCUUCGUGGGGAACCUUCCGCCAGACAUUACUCAAGAGGUCAUUUCACAGGUCUUUGGCACCUAUGGCACGGUGACCAAUGUCCACAUCAUGGCGGGCAAGGCCAAGAGUGGUCAGAGUUGCGCCUUCGUCGAGUACUCCACUCCAACUGAAGCGGAAACAGCAGUCUUAACUCUGCACGAGAAGUAUGAGAUUCGCCCAGGGGAUGGACACAUCGCCGUGAAGUUUGCCAACUCCGGCAAUCGACCUGGACCGUACUGAGACUGCACCAGCGCCAUUCUGAAAUUGUGCCGGAGACAGCGGAUGCACUGACACCUUAGAAUGGAGGCAGUAGGAUAAGAUCAGAGGAUUGACUGGUUG